GCGCAGAGCACUGUGGGGAAGGGACGGAAGCUCCAGUGAGCCAUACUUGAUCUGAUGAAAAGUUUCCAGACGUGGUGGCGGCGUGAAGCAGAAAAACGAGCAUUGGAAGCGGCACUGAGUCCCGGUGGGGUCGGACGGAAGCCCGGGUGGGCCAAAACCGUAGAGGCGUGGAAAGUUCAGAUGCUUAGGCGACUCGAGGCGGAGGCGGGGCUGGGUGAGGAGGCAGGCAAUGGCGCGCGGGGCACUGUGGGACGCCGUGUGGGCUACGUGAGGCGGGACGGAAGCCUCUUUGGGUCAGACUGUGGCGACGCGGGAAGUCCGGACGCCGUAGCGGCCUGAAGAAGAGGCUUGAGACCGAGGUGCGGGCCCCGGUGGCGGCAAUGGCGGAGAGGCCCGAGGACCUAAACCUGCCCAAUGCCGUCAUCACCAGGAUCAUCAAGGAGGCGCUCCCGGACGGUGUCAACAUCUCCAAGGAGGCCCGCAGCGCCAUCUCCCGCGCCGCCAGCGUCUUCGUGCUGUACGCCACUUCCUGUGCCAACAACUUCGCGAUGAAAGGGAAACGCAAGACCCUGAAUGCCAGUGACGUGCUCUCAGCCAUGGAAGAGAUGGAGUUCCAGCGGUUCGUUACCCCGUUGAAAGAAGCUCUGGAAGCAUACAGGCGAGAGCAGAAGGGCAAGAAGGAAGCUUCAGAGCAAAAGAAGAAGGACAAAGACAAAAAAACCGAUUCGGAAGAGCAAGACAAGAGCAGGGAGGAGGACAAUGAUGAAGACGAGGAAAGGCUGGACGAAGAAGAACAGAAUGAGGAGGAGGAAUUGGACAACUGAUGGGAUGGGAAGACUGGCACGCCGCAAGGGACCAUCCUGCACUGUGGUACGUUUGUGGGAAGCUUGUCCCUGCUGGGCAGAGCAGCCUUAGCCCGAAGAGCCGGAGAAGACCAAAAUCAAAACUGGCAAUUGGAUCAUCAUCCAAACCAGCGCUUCCAUCAGGGAAUCUGAGUACCAGAAUCCUGUUUUGCUAAAUCAGCCUUUGAGGCAGAGAGGGAUUCUGAGCGGCUAAUGUAAUUAGUCGAUCUCAUCUCUCUUGUUUCCUUACAUAUGUGGUUAGGUAGGUUUUGAUCCCCAGUUCCCAUCCGACCCCCACUGGCCAAUAAGUAAUAAGAACUUCCGUGCUGCCUUCUGUGUUCCAGAUCACAAAGGCAGUCAAAGCUCAGGAAAAAUUGGGGCUUUGAGCAUAGUCAGCCUGUUGUGAUUGUACAGGGUUUGGCAGUACUGGCCUAUUAAACAUGGCCAGAAUGGUUUGGCUUUAGGAAAGUAGCAAAAGACUACGAGAGAAUGAAAUCUGUUGUCUUUUCACCGUACAGUAACAUUGAUUGAAUUUUGAUUUCUACAUUGCUUGGAGCCGCUCUGUAUUGCCUGGUAGGCAUCUGACCUGCUGGGGUGACUGCACUCUGGCCUCAUAGGCUUUAAAAGCAGCAGUGUAGAGUGGAAUUAGUCAGCAAGUGUGCCAACAUCUUACUCUUACCAAACAAAAUCACAGAUGGUUUAGUCUUCGACGCACCUCACGCCACUGUGUCGUCACCUCCUGGAAGGUAUAAAAUUCCAGGCUUUCUCUUCUUGUAGUCCACUUCCCAAGUUUUUUCAUUCUUCCAAUUCCUGAAAAGGUCCAACCUUUCUUGUAUGCGCAACUGUGUCCCUCUGUCCUGCUGGUCUUCUGCCUCUCUUCUGUACCCCAUUCCACUUUCUCUUUCCCUCCUUUUCUCACAUCUGCCAACCCAGAAACCUUGAUAAACUGUUUAAUAUCCCAAAGGGCAGAAAUUUGAUGGUGCUCGGGAAUCUAAUAUCCACCCCUAAGGUCAACCCCUUCAACUGCUUCUAGAGUAAGUCUUGAUCUUUCUUAUUUUUUUUUCUCUCAACAUGUGGUGCUCCAAGCACUUUUUUGUUUUUCUCUAAGUUGAGCGCUUGGAGGUUGCCAGGUGGUGAUGUGUAUGUAGUUUGACACUGUUAAUUUGUUAAGUGAAUACAGUCAAAAGUUUGUUGACAACUGAGUGAAGAAUGUUGAGGAAAAUUAUAAUGCUUUGUAUAAAUAAAGAACAUUCUUGUUAAAAAUGGUGA